GCCUCGUUGACAAAAUAAUUGAACAAUGAUAUGCAUCUUUCUUCACGAACUUGAGAAUAUAAACAUGGAAAUUGGAUCGUUGACAUUUGAUGCACGUUCUUGCACGUUACGUUUUGUGAUAGUUUGGCGCAGACAAGAUUCCACGAUUACUGAGAUGCAAGCGAAACAAAAAGAAGAUGGUAAAACCAUAUGCUAUAUAAAGGCAUCCACAGGUAUUGUAGAAUGACAAAACAAAACAAAAAACAAAACCAACGCAGUGAGGCGUUGGACAAGCAAUCAAAAUAAGAAUGAUAUCUUCUCCCAGGAUGGGGCGUUCUUCCCAUCUUGUUUAUGCUCUUGGUUUUAUUAUCAUGGCCACAAUGGUUGCUGCGUCCUAUGAGCCCUACACGUAUAGCUCUCCCCCACCACCGGUCUACGACUCUCCUGCACCAAAGGUUGACUAUAAGUCUCCACCACCUCCUUAUGUUUACAGUUCACCAUCACCUCCACCAUCAUAUUCGCCAUCUCCAAAAGUAGAUUACACAUCUCCACCACCUCCUUACGUUUACAACUCUCCACCUCCACCGCCAUACUAUUCACCGUCUCCUAAAGUGGACUACAAAUCUCCACCACCCCCUUACGUGUACAGUUCACCUCCACCACCACCAUACUACUCACCUUCCCCUAAGGUGGACUACAAAUCUCCACCACCACCUUACGUCUAUAAUUCUCCACCACCACCACCAUACUAUGUUGAGUACAAAUCUCCACCAACACCAUAUGUCUACAGUUCUCCUCCCCCACCACCAUAUUACUCUCCUUCUCCAAAGGUUGAGUACAAAUCUCCUCGACCAGCAUAUGUCUACAGUUCUCCACCACCACCCACGUAUUAUUCUCCUUCUCCAAAGGUUGAAUACAAAUCUCCACCACCUCCAUAUGUCUACAACUCUCCACCUCCACCGGCAUAUUCUCCAUCUCCAAAGGUUGAGUACAAAUCUCCUCCUCCACCAUAUGUCUACAACUCUCCACCUCCACCGGCAUAUUCUCCAUCUCCAAAGGUUGAGUACAAAUCUCCUCCCCCACCAUAUGUUUACAGCUCUCCACCACCACCAUCAUACUCUCCUUCUCCAAAAACUGAAUACAAAUCUCCUCCUCCCCCACCCUCAUAUUACUAA